GCACCUCCACAACACACCUGCGCUCAGCAUCCAAAGGUGAGGGGCGUCGCUGCAGCGUCAACCUGCGUCAUCCGGAGCUGCUCUCCCAUUGGCUGGACAGCGUCAGAUGACGGACAGUAACAGACGCUGAAAAACCGCAAGUUCUGAAAAAUUUUAAGAAACUCUGCAAAUCUGACGGUACAGGUUCGAAGAUGAGCAUCCCGGUGGUAGACUUCAGCGCCUACAGGCUCAGUGAGAAACAUGUUAAUGACGAACAGCUGCAGGAGCUGGGCGCAGAGCUGAAAACUGCCUUCACACAGGUCGGGUUUGUUUAUCUGAAGAACUCCGGGAUCACGCAGGAGGAGGUGGACCGUGUCAUGGACAUAUCCAAGAAGUUCUUCCUGCAGCCAGAUGAACUGAAACAGCCCUUCUGCAGGAAAAGCUUCUCUAUCAAUCCAAACCAUGGCUGGGUGUCCCUGGAAACUGAGAAGUUGAAUCCACGAAGACCUGGAGACCUAAAGGAGGCAUUCAACGCUGCUUCACUUCAUCCAGACAUAAAAUGGCCGUCAUCAGGUGCUGUAACUGGUUUCCAGGAGAUCCAGAUGUCUUUCUUCCAGAGCUGUAAAGAGCUGAGUCUGCGGGUGCUGAGGGUGAUGGCCCUCGGUCUGGAUAUGGACCCGGAUGUGUUUCUAAGUGCACACCGUUUAAUAGGAACUGACGAGAACGGCACAACUCUGCGGUCCCUCUACUACCCACCAGUGAACAGCGAGAAAGCAAAGGAAGGUCAGCUGCGAUGUGGAGAGCAUUCAGACUACGGCAGCAUCACUCUGUUGUUCCAGACCUCUGAAGGGCUGCAGGUCCGUACGCGUUCAGGUGAAUUUGUCUCUGCUCCCUGUAUCCCCGGAGCCAUCCUCAUUAACAUCGCUGACCUGAUGCAGCGCUGGACCAGUGAUCAGUUUGUCUCUGUGAUCCACAGGGUUUUGCUGCCUCCUGUUGGAGACUCCAGCACCCGUCAGUCUCUGGCUUUCUUUGUCCAACCCGAUGAUGAGGCUCUGAUCACCUGCUGCGACGGCUCAAACAAAUACCCACCAGUGGCCGCAGGCGCCUACCUCAUUGAGCGCCUAAGCCAGUCAUAUAUAGAAAACUGAAUGUACAUGGAGGAGUUUGCUCAUUUACACAAUUGUCAUUUGUCCAUAUACCAUUGACCUUCAGUGGUAUUACUUUUAACUUUUUUAUAUUUUUUAAUGGUGAUUUGAAUUUGAACAUGAUUGUGUUUUUAAGAUAAUCAGUGUGUAUGAUUAAAAAAAAGAAGAGACAGAAAUAUUACACUUGCAAGCUCAUUCAAAUUUAUUGUCAACAUUCAAACUUUCUACAACAUUUUCAUGAAUUUGUUAUACUAGAUGUUGGUUGGACAGAUUUUACUUCUUUGUUUAAAGGGGUGUAAACAAACUUAGAGUAGCAAGCAGAUACAGCAGGGUACAGAGAGGUGGUUGUUUUUCCAACUGUGUUUAUAUUCUAAUUUUAUUUCUUAUAUUAAUCUGAUAUAAAGAGUCUGUUUUUUAUGCUGCGCUUCUUUGUGGAGAUUAACUCAGGUUUCCUAUCUCCAAUGACACAGAUGAGGCCAAGUCGAAGCUGCUGAUGCCUCGUUUACAGUGAUGUGGACAUUAAAUAAAAGUUCUCUAAUAUUGAA